UCUGAAGCAGCGAUCGUGCUCUGCUCCCCCUCGCUCCUCGCAAGGAAAGUAGACACUGGCCCAAAGAACACUCCUCCUCCCCUCCUUCCUCCGCAGAGCCGGAGCUUUCCCCCUCUUUAAACCAUGAUCUUGCUCCCAGUCUUGCUCGGUGCAUGUUUCCCUUCGUGAGGGCAGAUUUCUGAGCUUGUUCAUGACAUGACACAGUGCAGCGCAGGAUCGAAGUGGUCGCCUCUAACGCCACUGGAACCCCAGUGCCCCGGACUCUUUUGCAGCGCUUUGAGUUUGGUUACAUGAAAUAUGCGAUGUUCGCAGGAGAGCCCGGUUCUUUUUCUGCUGCACUUUGUUUUCAUUUUGGCAGCUGGCCACGGAGAGCUCUCCGACACUGGCAGACUCCUCUCCCUCUUUGCAGAGCAAGGUCAGUUGUCCCAGUCAGAUCUGUCCAUCGUCCACCCAGUGAAAACCACUGCUGAUGGAGAGGUCAUCUCCCACUCUCUGUCUCACCACUUCAAGGGUGGGCGAGUCAGGCGUGACCUGCAACCCCUUGGUGUGGAGGGACAGGUUUACUACAGGGUCAACUACAAGGGUCGUGCUUUAAUGUUCAAUUUGACUGCAAACAAUCAGCUGGUCUCAAGUGACUACAUCCUGGAGAGGAGGUACGGCAGUGCCAACAGGACAGAGCAUCGUCCCCCUGAGAGGAACUCCUGCCACCUCCUUGGCACAGUGGCAGCAUCUGAUGUGCGAGGAACUGCUGCCAUCAGCACCUGUAAAGGACUGAGAGGCUUCUUCUCCCUGCCAGAGGGACACUAUUUUAUCGAGCCUGUCCAGAAAUCUCCUGAUGAUCCUGCAGGGACUCUAGAGCCACACGUUGUCUAUCCACGAGUUACUACAGAAAGCCACAGAAGAAAACGCAGUCCUGAGUCCAAAGAAACACCCAGUCCCUGUGGAGUUCAAGAUGCUCCAAACGACACUUUCCAGGUGGAGAGGGAGAGGGAAGAAUGGGAGAGGGAGCAGCAGAGGGGGGAGGAUCAGACUCAGUCUCGCUCGCAACGCUCAGUCAGCAGAGAGCGGUGGGUGGAGACCAUGGUGGUGGCCGACUCCAAACUCAUAGAAUACCACGGCAGCGAUAAUGUGGAGUCCUACAUCUUCACCAUCAUGAACAUGGUGGCUGGGAUCUUUCAUGAUGCCAGUAUUGGGAAUGCCAUCCACGUCAUCUUGGUUCGCCUCAUUCUACUACAGGGGGAAGAGAAAGGGUUGAAGAUAGUUCACCAUGCAGACACCACUCUGGCCAGUUUCUGUGCUUGGCAGAAAAACCUUAAUCCUCAAAGUGACACGCACCCAGCUCAUCACGACCUGGCUGUCUUGGUCACCAGGAAAGACAUCUGUGCUGGAAUGAACCAGCCUUGUGAGACCCUGGGUCUGUCUCACCUGUCUGGGAUGUGUCAACCACACCGCAGCUGCAACAUCAAUGAGGAUUCAGGACUACCUGUCGCCUUCACUGUUGCUCAUGAGAUGGGCCACAGCUUUGGGAUACAUCAUGACGGCCAGGGUAAUGACUGUGAGCUAGAGGGGAGGCACCCGUUCAUCAUGUCCAGACAGCUGAUGUAUGACAGCUCGCCUCUCACUUGGUCUUCCUGCUCCAAAGAAUACAUCACACGCUUCCUCGAUCGUGGCUGGGGUUUCUGUCUGGAUGACCGUCCUUCAAAAAGGGACCUAACCACCCCACUGGCUCGCCUCGGCGUCCGCUACACCACACACCACCAGUGCCAGCUCCAGUACGGCCCAAAUGCAACCUUCUGCCAUGAGGUUGAUAACGUUUGCCAGAUUCUUUGGUGUUCAGUGAACGGCUCCUGUCGCUCCAAACUGGACUCACCUAUCGACGGCACUCGCUGUGGACCAGAGAAGUGGUGUAUUUCAGGAGAGUGUGUGAUUGUGGGUAAACUCCCAGAGACUGUGAAUGGAGGCUGGGGACAGUGGAGUACGUGGUCUUACUGCUCCAGGACCUGUGGAACAGGAGUUCAGUCAGCAGAGAGGGAAUGUAACAAUCCGAAACCAGAGUUCGGGGGCAGGUACUGCACCGGGGAAAGGAAGCGUUAUCGGACCUGCAACACAAAACCCUGUCAGAAUAAUAAACCGACCUUUCGAGAGAUGCUGUGCAGUGAGUUUGACACUGUGCCCUACCAUAAUGAGCUCUACCAGUGGAUUCCUGUGGCUAACCCAUGGUACACGGACGUGGGUGUGAUACCUGCGGGGGCACGGGACAUCCUGGUAAGGGAAGUGGAGGAGGCAGGUAACUUCCUGGCGCUGAGGAGCGAGGCAUCGGAGGAGUACUUUCUCAAUGGCAACUUCAUCAUCCAGUGGAACGGGGAGUAUGAGGCUGGGGGGACGACAUUCUUCUAUGAACGCAGUGGGAACAUGGAGAAUCUCACCGCUCCUGGACCCACCAAAGACCCAGUCAUGCUGCAGUUACUGUUUCAGGAGAAGAACCCAGGUUUAAAAUAUGAGUACACCAUCAAGAAGACCAAAGAGACAGGAAAUGAGGUCAUCGAACCCAUUUACAGGUGGAGACAUGGGGCAUGGACAGACUGCAGUACCACCUGUGGCUUAGGUGAGCAGCACCAGCCUGCACGGUGUUUUGAGAUGGAUGUGGGUGUAGUGGAUGAGACUCUGUGUGACCCAGAAAGCCGUCCAGAAGACAGACACAGAAAAUGCAAGACUAUGGAUUGCCCUGCAAGGUGGUGGGUGGGUGGAUGGCAGCAGUGUACAGCCACCUGUGGAUCACAAGGGGUACGGAAGCGAACAGUGCUCUGUGUUCGCACAGUGUCAGGGGAGGAAAGGGUGCUCCACCCUGUCGAGUGCAAGCAUCUUCUUAAACCCAAACCUGUAGUGCCGUGCAACAGAGACGUACCCUGUGGACAGGACUGGGCUGUUGGCAACUGGGAAGAGUGCCCGGUCACAUGUGGAGGAGGUGUUCGCUCACGUACUGUCACGUGUUCACUAGCACUCAAGAAAACCUGUGACCUCACAACCAAACCUCGGUCCAGAUCUCUGUGCGCCCUGCAGAGCUGCCCUAACUCAAGUCUUCGUAGACGUCCCGGGCCUCAACCUAAAUACCGCCGCAUCUACCCACCUAAGAGCCACCCCACCAAGCAUCCUGGUACACCUACCUGGGCUCCCAUGAGCACCACGGCCACAGCUGCACCCACAGCUGCUAUCACAGUCAGGAAGAAAACAACCACCACAGAAACUACAACUGCUUUCAUCCCUACCACUGCAUCCCUUUCAAACUCUAAAACCACAAUCCCCAAAAUCAUGAACACAGAUGAUUAUGAGUUUAACGUUAAAGUGAGUAAAAAUGAAGAUAAGAGAGGAAAAGGUUUCCCAUCCAAAGCCAAGGACAGAAAAGCAGUUGGCAUUGAAAAGGAAAAGGUAGAUGAGAGGGAGGAGGGAGAGGAGGGAAGUACGCCAAAUGGGCUAAUGUAUACACCAGGAUAUGAUUAUGUUGUUGAGGACAGGACGACUGAGGAGGAGGGGAUUAUUGACCUGGAUGUUACCACAUCUACAUCACUCAAAAAUCCUCUUAAAUCAACCACACCAACACCUCAUACACUCAUUACACCCACCUUACAAACCAGUCCAUUUACCAUGCGAACAACCAAAGCACCCACCACCACUAUUACCUACUCCACCCCACACACCAGUACUGAAGUGUGGGCCAAGACUACUCACCACUAUCCCAUCACUAACCCCCACACCACUCCUCGUAUGAAUCUAUACAUCCUCUGGACCCACAGGGUUCCCCUCACCACUCCCAUGCACCAUUCAUUCCCAUCGAAAGCUGGCUUCCACACAACACAAGCUCCUUCCACAACAGCAAGAAAACCAUUCACCACUGCAGCCUCACCCCAGUCUACAGUGAAGAUUGUUAAACUAAAGAAGCCUGCUGUGACACCCAAGAAAAACAGUUCUGUCUCCCGUGCUAAAAAGCCCUCUUCCUGGUCCAAAGGAAGUCGCUCCAAGAACCAAAACCAGCAACCUGAAAGCCCCAUGAGCAGCUCCAACAGUGAUCAAAGCAACCUGAUGUCCAGAGAGCCUGUGAGCAUGGAUAUAUUCUGGGUUGUAGGAAACUGGAGUGAGUGUUCAACAACAUGUGGAAUUGGAGCAAUAUGGAGGACAGUAGAGUGCAGCUCCCAGAAUGACGAGGACUGUGCCAACAUGAAGAGACCUGAGCCUGCACGCACAUGUCACCUGCAGCCCUGUGCCACCUGGCAAAGCAGCAGCUGGAGCAAGUGUCCAGAUAGCUGUGGGUUGGUGGGAAGGAGGUACCGUGAUGUCCAGUGUGUUGACUCUCAGAGUAAACGUCCCCUCAGACCUUUCCACUGUCAAGCUGUGUCCAGCAGACCCCUCAGCACCUUGACUUGCCCCCACAAGCCUUGCAUGACCUGGAGUAUAUCACCAUGGGGACCUUGCUCUGGCAGCUGUGGCGAGGGCAUCAGGGAGCGGCUAGUGUACUGCCCCGCGCCUCAUCGCUGUGACACCACAAUGAGGCCAAACAGCACAGACCUGUGCAGUCUAAAGCCCUGCACUCAUUGGAAGGCUGAGGACUGGGAGGAGUGCUCUGUGAGUUGUGGUGGGGGUCAGCAGCAGCGUGAAGUUAACUGUGCGAGUCAGCAGGAUUCGGCUGUAAUGCCAAACAACCUCUGUGAGAAGAUUUCCAAACCAGAAACACUCAGGAAGUGCAAUAUGCAGGAAUGCAAGACCAACACAGGUCCAGUUUGCAGGAAGAACACCAUGUCCUCUCGCUUCUGUGACAAGCUGAAGCUGUUGGGUCGCUGCUCUCUCAGGUCGGUCCAAAGACAGUGUUGUGUCACCUGUGGGUCGUAGCCAGGGUUACAUUACUACGGACACAUCUCAACUUCAGUAAUAUUCGCUGUAUCCUCAUGCAAUACUGGCAUAAAGCCAUGCCAUCCACAGACUGACACGUCCAAACUAAAGUGCCAAUGACCACAACACUGCAACAAGCACAUCAUAUUAGCACAAACAAACCUGGGUCUAUUAAGAUUAUUUUUUUUACCUAUUUAGGGCUAUUUCCAAUUAAAAAUAUUCAUGAAAAUGUUUUAAAAAGUAAGCAGGAGAACAAGCCAAAACAACAUUUAAUACAUUUGGACUGUUACAAAUGUUAAGGCUUAAUGUACAUUGAGCAAUGUUUGGUGAGCAGAAAUUAUUUUUAUUAAAAAGUGUUGGUAGAUUUAUUAACUGUCUGAUGUCUAAGGACAGUGUGAAAAAUCAAACAUAUUUAGCAAAAAACAUAAAAGAAUGUAAAAUUACUAAUUUAAAAAGUAAUCAAGAUUCAGACAAUUCAGAAGUUACAAAAGCUCAAGCCAAUACAAGAGCUACUCCUGUAUCAUAACUCAAGGUACACUAUUCACCUUCUUUAUUCAGUAAAAAUAUUCAGUUAUGACCUACAGUAUAUAUCUUUCCGGGCCAAAGGUGCUUUUAUAAUUGAGGUGCUGAUGAUUCACAACAGUCGAGUUACCAGUCUUGUUUUUAUUUCAAAGUGAACUCAUAACAAGAAUGUAAAUAAAGAUAUUUUUGUGACAUCUUUAUUAAAUUGUUAAUAAUAAUGAUAAUCUCUGUGUUUUUUUACUCAUAUGUUUGUGCUUUUUUUCUGCCUGAAUUGUGGUUUUGUUCUCAGAGCUGGCACUGUGUGUUUACAUUAUUCUGGCUACAAGUUCCUGCUUUAGUCAUUUUUGUUACGAUUGUCAAUGAUAAUUAAAUCAGCUGCAGAACCUGCACAGCUCUGCAGCCGAACCUGUGGUGCUCCUCCUCUGGUGUGAGAUUGACCAAUGAGAAAGAGGUGUUGCAGGUCAUCCCUCUCAGGUCCCGCUGUGUUUGUAUGAUGUUGUACAGGUUUUACCGUUGUCGUGCAUAUAGUACAUCACCUUGACUGAUUUGUAUUGUCUCCAUCAAUAAAUGUGACGAUAAAAGACAUUUGUGACAAAACUGCUUUGUAACAGAGACAUGAAAUAAAAUGUUCUUCGAAUAUUUGUUAUGUGUUGGUAUGCUGUAUGUAGGCUUGCCUGGGUGAUUUUAAAAUCUGUUUUCCAUUAUCCUGUUCAGGUUUGAAGUCUUCCUUGUGUGAAAUUAAGUUGAUAUUGUAAAAUGCAAAGCCAUAGCAUUGCUUGAAUACCACAGUAAUAACAGUGUAAAUAAAAGUAUUAACACCUCA